UUCCCAAGACUUCUUUGAUAUUUUUGUUCUGCAGAGGCCUCUUCUUUUUGAUAUUUUAUUCCCUCUAUAUAUAUUCUCCAAGAAAAUCGUAACUAGAUUACCCUUUCCCCAGAAAAAUUGGAGCCAUUUUCUUUUUACAUGAAUUCGCACUUUUUCUAGAACUCUUAUCUUCCAUCAAUGACCACACUCACGAAGCUUCAAGCGUACCCACAAAAUUUCGACUGCCCAAGUACGAGGGAUGGCCACCUGAUCGGAGCUCUUGGACGGGGAUCCCACCGGUUCGGUGUCGGAGCGUCGACGAGCCGUGGUGGGUUGUUCUUGAGAAAGUGUAGAUCGUUCAGAGGCGAGGAUGGUGGGGAGUUUGAGAAGGAAGAUUGUAAAGGGAGAAAACACAGAAAUUCGAGGUCGAAAGAGGUGAAAGUUAAGAAGGAAAGUCAGUUUUGGAAAUCUUUGAAGGCUGAUGUUUUGGGUAGGUUUAAUUUGUGCUUCGCGUCGGAUCUUGAGAAUGGGAAGCUUAUGGCAAAAAUGGAGGCCUUGUUUUCUUCGGCUGCAGUCCAAAUCGGGAGGUAUAUCGUUACGAUGAUGAGCACUGGUGUCAUACUUGCUGUUGGGUUUCAGUUAUCAGGUGGAGAUAGUCAGAUGAACACAUUGAUUUGGUAUAGCUGGCUUGGAGGAGUUAUUAUUGGGACUAUGAUUGGUGCUAACAUGGUAUUAGAGGAACACUGCAGAGCUGGUCCACGAAAUGUCGUUAUAACUGGAAGCACAAGAGGAUUGGGAAAAGCACUAGCCAGAGAGUUCCUCCUCUCGGGAGACCGCGUGGUUGUGGCUUCUCGCAGCCCCAGGUCUGUUCAAGAAACUCUCAGAGAGCUCGAGGAAAACUUAAAAGGUCUAAUGGCCGGAAGUGGUUCUUGCAAUACAAGCCUGGCACGUGCUAAAGUUGUUGGCACAACGUGCAAUGUUUGCGACCCUGAAGAUGUUCAUAAUUUAGCAAAUUUUGCUUUAAAUGAACUUGGUUCUAUUGACAUUUGGAUAAACAACGCAGGGACCAAUAAAGGCUUUAGACCCUUACUGCAGUUCACGGAUGAAGAUAUUACUCAGAUUCUCUCAACAAACCUCGUUGGUUCACUUCUUUGUACUCGAGAAGCCAUGCGUGUAAUGAGAAAUCAGGCUAAAGGAGGGCACAUAUUCAACAUGGACGGUGCUGGCUCUGGAGGUUCGAGUACUCCUUUGACGGCUGUGUAUGGAUCGACAAAAUGUGGUCUUAGACAGCUUCAGUCAUCUCUUCUGAAAGAGUGCAGGCGAUCCAAUGUAGGAGUACACACCGCAUCUCCCGGCAUGGUUUUGACAGAUCUCCUUCUUAGUGGUUCAACGGUGAGAAACAAACAGAUGUUCAAUAUCAUUUGUGAGCUUCCUGAAACAGUUGCUAGAACAUUAGUUCCUCGGAUGCGAGUUGUUAAAGGAACGGGAAAAGCCAUCAACUACUUAACUCCUCCAAGAAUCUUGUUGGCUCUGGUCACUGCUUGGCUGCGACGAGGUCGGUGGUUUGACGAGCAGGGGAGGGCUCUGUAUGCAGCGGAGGCAGACAGAAUCCGUAACUGGGCCGAAAACCGCACUCGUUUCUCCUUCACCGAUGCAAUGGAGAUGUACACAGAGAACACUUGGGUGUCUGUCUUCUCACUCUCUGUCGUAUGCGCCUUCAUAAUCCUCUCUACAACAAACAGCACUCUUCCCGGAACUUGAUUGAUUAUAUUAGAAGCCAGAUAGCAUUCAAAAUUCAUGGUCGUUAGGUCCUGAUAGGGGAGAAAAUAAAGGAGAAAGGGACAUUGUUAGUUCACCCUGCAUCCUUGUACACAAAGAAAAAACCAACCCCCCACUUCCACUAGAAAAUGAAUUUGACUGCCUAACCGCGAAGCCCUGAAAAGGGGGUCUAUUUAUUUAUUUAGUUGGAUGAACUGAGCUGUGUUGAAAUGUGCUGUAUCAAAAGUUUACAAGAAUUGAGUAAAGUUUGUGCCUUUUUUACA